CCGGCGAUGCUUGCCCGUAUAGCCGUCUCACGUGCUCUCGGAAGACGUGCAAACCACCGCGAUCCGGCUAUACUGAGGCCCCCACUUAUGAUCGCAUUGCGCUGCGGGGUUCUUAUGGGGAGCUGGGAAAAGAUAUAAACCACACGCUGACCCUGUUUGUCCCGACACCACGUUUCCCUCCGGACUAAGCAUAACUUCACCACACCUUUUUGUACAUCUCUCACCCACUCAUCCACCCAACACACAUCCAACAUGCCUGGCAGACUCGAGGGCAAGGUCGCCAUCGUCACCGGCGGAGGAGGCGGCUUCGGCAAGGGAAUUGCGGAGAAGUUUGUGGCCGAGGGAGCAAAGGUGGUUAUUGUGGACAUGAACGAGGAGAUCGGGCAGAAGACGGCCGGCGAGAUCAAGGCCGAGUUCGUCAAGGGCAAUGUCACCUCGCGCGAGUCGUGGGAGGGCAUCGUCAAGACGACCGACGAGAAGUUUGGCAAGAUCGACAUUGUGGUGAACAAUGCCGGGACGACGUACAGGAACAAGCCCACGCAGGAGGUCACCGACGAAGACUUUGACAAGGUGUUCGCCGUCAACGUCAAGUCCAUCUACUACUCCAGCAACGUGGUGGUGCCGUACAUGCAAAAGAAGGGCAACGGAGGCUCGUUCAUCAACAUUGCCUCCACCGCCGGUAUUCGACCUCGCCCGGGUCUGACUUGGUACAACGCUUCCAAGGCGGCCGUCAUCAAUGCCACCAACACCCUCGGCGUGGAAUACGCCAAGGACAACAUCCGCUUCAACUCCAUCUGCCCCGUUGUCGCCUUGGGCACUGGCUUGACGGACCUCUUCAUCGGAAAGCCGGAGAACGAGAAGGCGUUCGUAUCCGUGGUGCCGCUCGGCCGUGGAUCGACUCCCAGGGAUGUUGCCAAUGUCGCCGCCUUCUUGGGAAGCGACGAGGCCGAUUAUCUGACGGGGGUUGCGCUGCCCGUCGAUGGUGGUCGCUGCGUGUAAAAGUCUGCACAUGGGAUUAGAUAGUCUACAAAAAUUCAAUUUGACUACAACUUCUGAAGUACUGUGAGCAUG